AGGAAACUGAUGUCUAAGUGACAGAAUUCUAGAUAUUUAUGAUCUGGAUCAUUGGAAUCUGGGUAUUAGACGACGACGAUUCUGAAAUUAUUUAAAAAUAAACACAUGCGCGGUAAUUGACCAGUGGCGCCAUUUUCUAGCCAAUUCAAAUUUGGCGUCCAACGGCUUUUGACGUCUUGUUAAAAAAAAGUUAUCAGAUUAAUUUACUCAUAAAUUUAAAAAAUAAAUAAAUAUAAAUAAUGGAUGAACUUCCACCAAAAGACUCGAUGUUCUGGAUGCGAAACCGACUCAGUACUUACACAUACUGGCCAUUCGAAUCCACGGCUCCAUGCAAUUCUGAGAGCAUGGCCGCGGCUGGAUUUUUCGCAACCGGAGGAAAAGAUGAGCCGGAUUCAGUUGAAUGUUUUAUGUGCAACAAACCCAUGGACGGCUGGGAAGAGUCUGAUAAUCCAUGGGAUGAACAUGUCAAGCAUCAAAAAAACUGCAAGUACAUUCUGCUCAACAAACCUGAUGAAUUAACCUGGACCGUUGAAGAUCUGUACAAUCUUGCCAAAGAAUACUACUUGAAAGAAUUUGAAUUCACGAUGAAGAAGUAUGUCAGCAAUAGAAUUAAAGAAUUUGAUAAUCUGCGUGAUCGUAUUCCAUCCAUAGUAAGAAAUAAUUUUAAAAAUAAGAAAAGUAAUUGUUGAAUUACUCAACCAUAUUUUUUAUUCAUCAUUAAUUAUAAUAAUUAUGUUAAUUUUUUUUAUACAUUUAAUUUAAUGAUCCUCGUUAGCAGACAAUUAGAAAUUUCCGGAUUUUUUUUCAACAAAUCAAUAAAAAAAAAAACUAAAAAUGCACAUGGAGAAAAUAUAAAAAAGUGUGGGAUUUUUGAAAUAUUUUUCUAUAAUUAAUCAUUUUUAAAACAAUUAAAAAAUUAUUAGACGUCGGCUAACUUGAGUAUUAUUUAAGUUAACACUUUGUAUUUUUAUAUCGAAGUAGUUUUUUAAUAUCAUUAUUUAUUAAUUGAUAGCAAUCGAAUUCAGUAACGAUAUCGCUGAUUCCUGAGGUAAAAAAAUAUUUUAACUUCAUUCAUUAAGAUUAAUAACUAAUCCGAUUAUAUUUAAAUAUUAUCAAUCUGAAUGAGUCAAAAAAAUCCCCGGUAUCAUUCAGUAGCAAUCGUCAUUCAAUCAGAGUAUUUUUAAGAAUCAUUUGUAAUUAAUUCUACAGAUAACUCGCGAACGUGAAUAAGUUAAUGUUUUUGAUAAUACCGUCGUGUUUACAAAAUUCUUCACGUGAUUUUUAUCGUGCACUUGAAUUACUGAAGCUUCCAUUAAUACCCAACUCAUCUAUGUCUACACAAAAUAUCUCUGUGCUAUAAAUAGAUAAUAAAAUCCAUUUAUUAAUAAACAAAAUUUUUUUAAAUUAUAAAUUUAAUUAAUCACUUUUCCAUUAAUAAAACUAUUCAUUAAUCAUUAAAAUUUUAAUUUUUCCCUGAAGCUGUCAUAAAUUUUCAAUUUAAUUUCCCGUUAAUGCGCAAUGAUAAUUAAUCAUUAAUAAAUUUGAAUAGAUGAAUUAAAAUUUCCAUUAAAAUUAUAAUUAAUUAAUAAUUAAAUUUUUCAUGCGAGGAUAAUUUUUUAAAUUAAUUACAUUAACAAUCGACGGCAAUUUUUUUUU